UACGUGUGCAGGGCAGUGGUGGUGGCCAUGCUGGUGGGGGCUAUCCCCAAGUGUUCCCCAUCCCGUCCUCUCAUUGCCACCCCAGUACCCUCAGUGGGGCACUGGGACAAGCCCACCCAGGGGAAACCCCACGGAUGCCACCAGGGGACACGGGAGGCCCUCGGCAGCCCCAGUGCUCCGUGCCUUGGUGGCAAGAGGUGGCUGUGGCAGGGUGUCCCCUGUGGGACCCCCCCCAGGAGGGCCCUCCCGUCCUGGGCAGCCCCUGCUGCCUCUGUCAAUCAGCCCUGGCCCCAUUCCCAGCGCUGGCCAAGAUGGAGGUGCCCGAGCUGCUCCGGCUCUGGGUGCUGGCAGCCAUGGCCCUGGGGGUGUCCCAGGCCACCCUCCCCGACCACCACGUCCUCCCUGACCACCGCAUCUCCUCCGAGACUGGAACUAUCUUCGUUCAUGAGCUGGAGCGGGAGCUGUUCCAGGAGGCCUUUCCCGCCGGGAGUGAGGAUGAUGAUGCAGCCCCCAUCACCUUCCAAGCCCACCUGCGGGACCACCCGGACCUGCCGCGGUGGCUGCGGUACCUCCAGCGGGACCCCUGCCAGCCCGGCUACCUGUAUGGCUGCCCCACGGCCAGCGAGGUGGGCACCCACACCAUCGAGGUAGGUGCCCACCCUCACACCCCCUGCUUCUGGGGUGGCACAGGAAGGGGUGACAUCUUCAGGGGUGUCCCCUGUCCUUGCAGGUGCUGGCCUACAACCGCCGCACCUACGCCACGGUGUCCCAGCGCCUCGUCAUCACCGUCAUCCCUGCCCCAGGUGAGGGCUGGGCACCCCAAAGUUGCACCAGGAUACCCCACAGGAUGGCCCAGGGGCUUCCCCAUGGGUGCUGCGUGUCGCCCCACAGGUGGGGACCCCCCGUACCAGGGCGAGUUCCUGGUGGGGAACAGGAAUGUGGAGGAGCUGCUGCCGGAGGCCGCGCGGGAGAUGUUCCUGCAGGGCUCGGCUGGAGUCUGGGAGCGCGGAGACCUCCAGGUCAUCAACGUCACCUCCACCCUGGACCGGGGCGGCCGCGUCCCACUGCCCAUCGAGGGGCGCAAGGAGGGGGUGUACGUGAAGGUGGGCUCCCACAGCCCCUUCUCCCCAUGCCUGGAGUCGGCCGUGUCCCCCCAGAGCCGCUUCCGCUGCAGCCUGGGCCAGCAGCCCCUCGCCUCCUGCUACGACACCUUUGCCCCCCACUUCUCCAUCCGCUGGUGCAACCUCACCCUGCUGCGGGUCUGGCCCAGCCCCACGACUCCUGGGCCAGUUUGGGGGUCCGGGGUGCUGGAGGAGGAUGGGGAUUUCCAGCCCCCCACCGAGGUGCCCCCCCAGGACCUGCUGCCCGGGUUCCUGGUGACGCUGCUGGUGCCACUGGUGGUGGCUGCGCUGCUCUGUCUGCUCCUGGGCCACCUCAUGUGCUGCCGCAGGGAGGGAGUGCAAAAACGGGACUUGCAGACAUCUGACAUCCAGCUGGUCCACCACACCACCAUCCACGGGGACACGGAGGAGCUGCGGCACAUGGCCGGGAGCCGGGAUGUGAUCCGGGAUGUGCCCCGGCCCCUUUCCACACUGCCCAUGUUCAACGUCCGCACGGGCCAGCGCAUCAACCCCAUGCCCAGCCCCCGGGAUGGGGCCCGUGUGCCCCUCCUCCCUCAGUGAGGGGCACCCAGGGGUGUGCCAGGGGGAGGGAGACAAUCCCAGGGAUGGGAAAGGGGUGUCCUGAUGUUUUUGGGGGUACAGAAGCCCCCCCAGGCAGAGUUCAGCCAGAUGGGUGGUCGCCCUUCUGACUGAGUUCUGCCCGCUGCCGGGCUGUUGCCUGGAGGAUUUUAGGAUGUUUCCUCUUUGGGGUGAGUUUUGGAGGAUAAAUUGACCAUUGAGUGAUGAAA